AUCACGCAUCAUUUCUAAACAAUGCUCAGGAAAAAGCCACGUUGACGAUCCAGAUAGCAGAGUAGUGCACAGUUUCGGUCAGAAUAAGACAGGGAUUUACUUUGUUGGACGGUUCGGUUCCUGUUCGCAGCAGAUUGUACAUCAGAGCAGGCAUGUCGUCGCCCCCAAAGGAGAAGGUGGAAACCAAAGGCGGACAUCUCCCUGCAGUGAAAGCAGGAGGGAUGAGGAUAGUGCAGAAGCAUCAGCCUACUCCUGCACCAGAGCCGCCUCAGAAAGACGACGAUGAGGAGGAGUACGUCAGCGCCAGCCCACCAAAGGCCCCAGUGAUUGUGUCUGGAGUAGUCACAAAGGGCGAUAAGGACUUCACGCCUGCCGCUGCUCAGGUGGCCCACCAGAAGCCCCAGCCUGGUGUCCCCAAGCUGCCCCCCGCGCAGCACAUCAACCAGCACAUCCACCAGCCCCGCAAGUGAGCAUUCAAGCAGGCCCCAGCCGCCACGCUUUACUCCACCAGCCAGCCUUCCCAAUGGAACACGUAGGAUAAAGAUGGUUCCCAUCCAGGGCACAGACCUCUGCUCAAUGAUACCAGUAAUUUUUGUUUGCCUCUUGCUUUUACAUGUUUGAGAAAAGUUUCAGCAGUUGAUGCUACAUGUCAGUGCAGAUAUUUGUCAACGCCCAGCUGCUUGUACCCUGCUGCAUCGGUGCUGCACUACUGUUUCUGCACUUUCAUGACCUCCCCUCCACAGGGAUUGUUCAAUAGCUCAUCAGUCUUAACUUGAAAUAAACACUUUUCUAGCAGCAGGGAAACGAAACACAAAUCUAACUCUUCUUUGAGCUUAAACAGCCAAUCAACUCCUCUUCUGUCCUAUAAUAAAUCCCAUAGACCAAACAAAUGAUUUCAGCGCAGCAUGUUAUCAGUUUUAACAGCAAACAGAUAAGUUAUAAUGCACGUUUACCAGCAUAUCAAAUGUAAACGUGACCCAGUGAAGGUAUGAUUACUGUAUAAUAGAAAGUAUUAAGGAAUCAGAGCAUGUGUAAACAAUAUAGAAGCAUUCGAUUUAUUUUUGUGUGCUGUCCUAAUGCAACAACUAAUGCUAAGAUGCAAAUGCUAAGAUCACUAAAUCUAACCAAAAAAGAGAAAAAAAAAAUCUAUAUUUCUUUAUAAAUGCAAACAAAAAUAAAAUGCAUGAUCUCGCUGAUUUCUUUGCAUAUGUACGUUUUGGACCACAACAAAGCACAUUGUGUUUAUUCUCAUUUAACAAUCUCGUCCUCUUCCUCUCUACUUCAGAAGUGGGUUUUAAAGCCCCGUUCCUGACUGCGUUAACCAAUGUCCAUUUUAUCUUUGGCACGCUGGAAAUAACACCAAAUAAAAAGUCACUAAAUGGAAAGGAAAACUACUUCUGGGAAACAACUGGAUGAUGCUUUUAGUUUUGUCUAAACAUUGAAGGAAGGAGGAGUUAAUCGAAUAGAGAUAUUGGGAGGUGAAGGAUAUUAUGUGUCUCAUUAGAAGAAUCACACAACAUUCCAUUCAUCAGUUUUCCACCUGUUUGAUCUGGAAUAAAGGGAUUUUUUUUUUGCAUUUUAGCAACAGAAACCC